AGUUGCUUAAAGCCUACUGACAAUUGAACUUAAAAGCAUAUUGAAUCACACUCCACACAAUUUGAGGUUUACUGUAAGGUACCUGGCAUCGUGGUUGGAGUUUCAGCACAGCUAAAGUUACACAAUGCAAGAUUAGGGCUAUCCUCCAAUGAGAGCCAGCAGCUGUUCAAUGUGAUGAUUCUGGAGCUCACCCAAAAUGGUCAUCUGAGUGCCUUUCUCUCAGACAGCAGAGAGGAAAGGAUUAUUUCACAAUGAAGGUAAGACGUCAAAAGGCCUAAUUUAUUAGGCUGAUAUUCAUUCCACACACCUCUUACAAAAUGCAAACAUAAUCUAUAGCCUAUGUGGUAGUCUCAGAAAUCCCAGACCUAGGGCAACAUCACUAGUAUGUUUUUGGAACAUUGUUAAUGUGGAAGGCAACCUGUCUGCCCAGGGAGACGAAUCAAUGGCAUCAAUUAUGCAGUGCAAUCAGGACAUGUAGAUCAUUUACACCCACUGACAUGGGUUGACCAGGGGGGGGCGCAUUGCAGCUUUUAAUAUGUUCAGUCUUCAUUACAUUCAAUUCUCUAUCUCUAUUGGAAACUGAUAUUGAAAGUACUAAACACGUGUAAAUAGUAACAACCAAAGCAUAACAAGUUAUUAAAAGCCAUAUUAUGUUUAUUUGUUGUCACCUGACUCCAAUGAGUGUGAUGGUUGUUCUGUCCAUGCAGCCUGUGUGAACUUCACAAUUAUUGCAAGCCCAACGGCUUCGGCUCCAUCAUUUUACCGUUUGACAGCCACACACCACGUUUGUCAUGAAAUUCACACUUCAGCUGCACACAUUCGGGGAAGACGCGCUCGCGAAGAGCUACACACACACACACACACACCCUUUGUCAAUGCGGCUCCUUGGCGCUGGAAAUUGAUCAGUAGAAGUCCUGCUGUAGUCUAUCAUCAGCCAACGGUGACAUUCACUACGCUGCGCGCUCAGACUGGCAGGUUGCUGUACUGGCACUAUGGAGGACAACCCCAAGGAUGAUAGCGCCGCGAAGGGACAGGAAUCGAUUUCCUACCAACGAAGGAUGUGGAAGAAUUUCCAAGACAAAACCAAACCGUUUUUGAGCCCCAAAUUGGGCUCUGAGCGUCACAGUCGCGACAGUAAAAAGGAGACUGGGUUAUGGACGUUUAAAAGGAAAAAGAAAGAGCUAGACCGUUUAUUUUCGUCCUCACAGCCCAAUCUCUGCUGCUCUACCCCUGCGCCUUUCCCGGCUGACCAGUCCCUUGGCGGUACAGCGCCUGGGAGCAGCAGCACCGGGCAACCUCAGCAACAGCUGCUGGGGGACGAUGGAGCGUCGGCGAGCAAGCCAGAGCUAACGGGACAUGGGAGCCCGAAUCUCAUCGUCUCCCAUUUAAUCCUGUCCCAUCAGAAGAGCUCCUCUCUCGGCUCUGCAUGCUUUGAGAAGCUGGUAGUAGAAUCUUCGGUCCUUGGAGAGGAGGAAGAGUUGUGCAAAAACGCCAGUGAUUCUGUGAGUAGGCUAACCUGA